AUGCUCCCUAUCCCGGCCGCAUCCUCCCCUCGCUCCUCGACACCCGUCAUCCCGUCAGCCGCCGCCAAACGCGCCAUCUCGUCCCUGCCCGCGCCCUUACGCCGACUGCUCUCCCACCCACUUGUCCUGCGCGCCCGCACCUACCGCCAGCAGCACCCCAAACGUACCUCCUCCCUCGCAGCUCUCCUCGCCCUCUCGCUCGUCUACCUCGUCUUCCUCCGCGGCGACUCGAAUCCCUACAACCACGCGCCACUCGCAUGGGGUACCCAUCCCGACGCCAUCGUAAACUGGGGAGACUACGUCGGGUUGGGACAUCAGCGGCAAAAGGUGUAUGAUGCGACGCCCAAGGGGUAUGCGGAUAUUGGAGACAAGUUUCCGGACCUUGAUAAGGCGCUUGGGGGUGGGCCGCUGUAUAGGAAGAGGCGGAGUAGGGAGGAGAAGGAGCGGGGAGUGGAGAAGCAGGAUUUGAAGGAGGCUGGGAAGGGGAGGAACUCGUUUGAGAGGCAUAGGCAUGGAGUGCUUGGAGGUGCGAGUGUCGAGUGGAGUACGGGAGUUGUCGGGAGUGGCACGUACCUCGGACCGGGCGUCGACAUGCGCAAAGACGGGUCAUACGCGAUGGACGUUGUCAAGGCGGACGAAGUCGACCGACCCGCCUCUUCCUCCGCCGCCAUGUCCCUCCAGCGUCCUUCACCAGCCCAACACGCCCUCUCACAGCACAUCCUCGAAAAAGGCUGGGUCUACCUCGACGAAGAAGACCGCCUCAACACGGAAAAACUCCAGCUCGAAGCAAAGGAGAAGCGCUUCUUCGACAAGCUGCCGCUGCGCGAGAGGGUGAGGGAGGAUCCAGAGGGACAGAGGGAGGCGGCGGAGGCUUGGGCGAGGGUUUAUGCGGCGAUGGAGGAGCCCAGGCGGCCGAAGAGUGCGCUGGAGGUCCAGGUGGAGAAGAUGGUUAGGCGCGUGCCGGUGGUCGUCUUCAGCAAGACAACGUGCCCCUUCUCGAAGCGGGCGAAGGAGCGACUCGAGGAGUUGCAGCUCUUCCCGUCCGCUCACAUCGUCGAGGUGGACUUGCGGCCCGACAUCAUCGCCCUCAAAGCGCUCCUCGCGCGCCGAACAAACCACUCGACCUGGCCGAACAUCAUCAUCGGCAGUCGCUCGAUUGGCGGCGCAGACGACCUCGACAGACUGUUGGAGAGUGGCGAGUUGGGAGAGAUGCUGGAGGAAGUCGGCGUGCGGUGGCAGAAGCCGUAG